CUGCGGGAGCCCUGCCAGCCUGGAGGGGGGAUGGUGGGGAGGGAGGGAGGGACGAGGCUGGCCCUCACCUUCCCCCAGGGUGGGGCAGUGGGGUCCAGGUCCCCUGGGCCCCUACUGGCUCAACCCUCCCCUCUUGCUCCCGCCCUCCCAGGAGGGGCUGUCGGAGUCUGGACACAUCCUCAUCCAUCACUGCCUCUUUCACUCCCUGUCCUGCCCACCCACAGGGGUGGCCCCUGCUGGUGCUCUGGGGCCUGAGGCUGUUGUGUCUGUGUGCAUCUGGGGCAGAGAUGGGGCAGAGAGGGGAGUCGCCUUUGCUACCAGUGUCUGUGGUAGGGCAGGGGUCAGAGCCACGCGGGCCUGUCAGGCAAUAGCGGCCAAUCUCUCAGACUGGCCUGGGUGUCCAGCACCAUGGAUGCCCCCGUCGACGGCUCCCCCAAGGCCAGGGGGAGGAGCUGGGACAGAGGCGCACUGAGGGGUUCCCCAUGCCCUGGCCUCUGGCGACACACCAGGUGGCCUCAGGACAGCUCCUUUCCCCUCUGAGCCUCCACCCCCUGCUGUCCCCACAGCCCAGUGGGGGGAGUGCUGAGCAGGCAUGCAGUGGCCCGCUUCCUGACCACCAGCGUGGAGGGGCAGCAGGUUCCCUGAGGCCGCCCUGACCGCUUCCUGCAGCCCCACCUCAGCACUCCUGCUUAGUCCCAUGGGGACGGGUUUGGUAGGGCCACCUCCCUGUGUCUCCCACACCCUCAGUGUCCCUGACCCUAGUCCUCUCAGGGCACAGGAACCGGGCUGUGUUGCUGGCUGCCUCUGUGGGGGCCGGACAGGGGGUGAGGGGGCCGGACGGGGCUCACCGGGUGGGCCGGCCCAGGCCACUUCCUCUCUUUGUUGUCCCCGUGCUUUCUUUUCCUUCUGAGACUUAACUUGAAGACAGCGUCACCGGCACUGGCAGUUUCUGGAGUCACUCAAAGAGGCGAGUCUGCUCCACUGCCAGCAUGAUCCUGAUGCUGCUGCUGUGCCUGGGCGGGCCCCUUGGCUGGGGGCUGCUGGGGGCCUGUGCCCAGGCCCUCAGUAGCAGGUCCUCUGAUUCACGCAGCCCCAGGCCACCUGGGGUCUGGAGGGCAGAGGCUGAGGACACCGGCAGGGACCCCACCGGACGUAACUGGUGCUCCUACCAGAAGUCCAGGCUGGUCACCUUCAUAGCCGCUUGCAAAACAGAGAAAUUCCUUGUCCACUCACAGCAGCCAUGUCCACAGGGGGCUCCAGACUGCCAGAGAGUCAAAGUCAUGUACCGUGUGGCCCACAAGCCACUGUACCAGGUCAAGCAGAAGGUGCUGGUCUCCACGGAAUGGAGGUGCUGCCCGGGCUUUGCAGGUCCCGACUGCCAGCACCACGAUCCCACUGGGGUCCCUGAGCCUGCAGACCCAGGUGACGGCCUCCAGGAGCCUUGGGACAACCCACACGGCUUGGAACCUGGCGCCCCUGCAGCAGAGAUCAGCAACACCGUGGUGGAGCAGGAAGGCCUGCUGGGAGAUCUCCAGAAUGACAUUCACGAGGUGGCGGACAGCCUUCCCGGCCCGUGGAAGUCCCUGGAAGGCAACUUCACAGCAGCAACGACUGAGGCCAAUCAAACGGAGCUUGAGUUUUCUGGCACAUCCCUGGAGCACGUGCUGCCGUCUCACAUUGAUGCCUUCCUGCAAGUGCAUUUCAGCCCCGUCUGGAGGAGCCUGAACCAAAGCCUGCACAGCCUGUCCCAGGCCAUCAGAAACCUAUCUCUGGAUGUGGAGGCCAACCGCCAGGCCAUCAAGAGGGUCCAGGAGAGUACUGUGGCCAGGGCUGACUUCCAAGAGCUUGGGGCCAAAUUUGAGACCAAGGUCCAGGAGAAUGCCCAGAGGGUGGCCCAGCUGCGGCUGGACGUGGAGGACCGCCUGCACGCCCAGCACCAGUCCCUGCAGCACUCCCUCUCCGAGGUCCAGGCCGAUGUGGACACUAAGGUGAAGAGGCUCCUUAAGGCCCAGGAGUCCCUGGGGGCCAAUGGCAGCCUGGUGGUGGCAGCUGCAGGGGCAGGGGCGAGGCCGGAGCCCGAGAGCCUGCAGGCCAGGCUGGGCCAGCUGCAGAGAAACCUCUCGGCGCUGCACGUGGCAGCUGGCCGCAGGGAAGAGGAGUUACAAAGCACCCUGGCCGAUAUGCGGGCGACGCUGGCCCGGCACGUGGAUGAGAUCAAGGAGCUGUACUCGGAAUCUGACGAGACCUUCGAUCAGAUCAGCAAGGUGGAGCGGCAGGUGGAGGAGCUGCAGGUGAACCACACGGCGCUGCGCGAGCUGCGCGUGAUCCUGAUGGAGAGGUCGCUGAUCAUGGAGGAGAACAAGGAGGAGAUGGAGCGGCAGCUCCUGGAGCUCAACCUCACCCUCCAGCACCUGCAGGGCGGCCACGCCGACCUCAUCAAGUACGUCCGCGACUGCAACUGCCAGAAGCUCUCCUUCGACCUGGACGUGAUCCGGGAAGGCCAGAGGGACACCACGCGGGCCCUGGAGGAGACGCAGGUGAGCCUGGACGAGCGGCGGCGGCUGGACGGCUCGUCGCUGGAGGCGCUGAGCAGCGCGGUGGCGGCCGUGUCGCGGGCGCAGGAGGAGCAGCGGGAGGAGGCGGAGCGCGCGCGGGCGGACGCGGCGCGGCUGCGGAGCCAGCUGCGGACGCUGGGCGGCGAGGCGAGCGCGCUGCGGGCCGCCGAGGCGGAGAUGCGCGGCGAGCUGGGCCGGCUGCACGGCUCCUUCGCGGCCCUGCUGGAGGACGCGCUGCGGCACGAGGCCGUGCUGGCCGCCCUCUUCGGGGAGGAGGCGCUGGAGGAGAUGUCCGAGGCGGCGCCGGGGCCGCUGCCGCUGAGCUACGAGCAGAUCCGCGUCGGCCUGCGGGACGCCGCCAGCGGGCUGCAGGAGCAGGCGCUCGGCUGGGACGCGCUGGCCGCGCGGGUGGACGCCCUGGAGCAGGCGGCGCGGCGCCCGGAGCCCGGCGAGGCCGCGGAGCUGGCGCGGGAGCUGCAGCGUCUGGGCCCGGCGGUGCAGCAGGCGGCGCGCUGCUGCGAGGCCUCGUGGGCCGCCUCCCUCAACGGCUCGGUGGAGGGCCUGCAGGGCGCGCUGGCCGCCACGGAGCGCGGCUUGGAGCAGCACGAGCGGCUCUUCCACAGCCUCUUCGGGAACUUCCAGGGCCUUGUGGCGGCCAACGUCAGCCUGGACCUGGGGAAGCUGCAGGCCAUGCUGAGCAGGAAAGAGAAGAAGCAGCGGAAAGGUCUGGAAGCUUCCCGGAGGAGGGACAGGAAGCAAGCGGAUGCGCAGGUCCAAGGGCCAGUGCUCUGGGAGGCAGGCUCCCCUGUGGCCUUCUACGCCAGCCUUUCAGAAGGGACUGCUGCCCUGCAGACAGUGAAGUUCAACGCCACUUACGUCAACACUGGCGGCAGCUACUUCGCUGAACACGGCUACUUCCGGGCCCCUGAGCGUGGGGUCUACUUCUUUGCUGUGAGCAUUGAAUUUGGCCCAGGGCCGGGCGCCGGGCAGCUGGUGUUUGGAGGCCACCAUCGGACCCCUGUCUGUACCAGCGCGGAGCAGAGGGACGGGGGCACGGCCACAACCUUCGCUAUGGCCGAGCUGCAGAAGGGUGAGAGAGUGUGGUUCGAGGUAACCCAAGGAUCGGUAAUAAAGAGAAGCCCGUCGGGCACUGCAUUUGGGGGUUUCCUGAUGUUCAAGACCUGAACUCUCGGCACAGCUCUGACCAGACAUCGUGGACUCGCCCGGCUCUCCCGGGCCUGGGACUCUGGCCAGGGUCGGUCUGGAGCCCAUGCAGUUGGUCCAGCUUGUCCCUGGAAAUCUUGUGCAAAGACAGUGUGGUAUAGGUGGCCUCCCUCUAGACGCACUGGGUUGGCUACUUCUCAAUGAUGAGCAGGACCGGGAUGCUCCUCUCUGGGCAGGACCUGGCCCCGGGAGGCGUGAACGUCGGCUUCGCGCCUCCUGAGGCAGACGGCUGGGAUUCCAGCUCUCUGCCCCACCGUCUUCCACAGCUUCUUUGCUGUUUUGCUCCUCUUGUGGUUGGGAACAUCCGUACACUUUAAACCUUUCUCCCUAAUCUUACACUCGAAAACCAUUUUUUUUCCUGGGAGGCAUAUGUUUAAAAUGGAUUUUGGAUGAUAUUGGAAACCAGUCUGCACUCACUACGGGGCAGUGGGAGAAAAGCAGCCUGUUCGCUCUCUGUCGGUCGGAAAUGGACAUAAAGGCCUGGCUGAGGUAACCAAGGGAAGCACCAUUAGUGCCUUUGGCUUAGUUUUAGUCCUCCCUUGAAUUUACCUGUAAUUUUCAUUUCACUUCUUUUUCUUCUUGCCAAGAAAUGCCAAACACCAACUAAAACGUAUGCAGCCUUCAUCUUGUUUCCUUCCUCCCGUGGCUCGUGACCACCCUAAUUCUCGUUAGCAUCUCUGACCAGGAAGGGAGCUGAGGGGGGCAGGGAGGCACGACUGUCAACAUCCCCCUCAGGUAUCAACUUUGGAAUAAAGUGAUGCCCUUCGAACCUCUGUCUGGUUUACUCAUGGAGAGCAGAAAGAUUUGGUGAAGUAGGUAGAAAUAUGGGACAAAAUGAAACUAUUUGGGAUAAAUGUGACUUUCAUGAUUUCAGGCCAUAUUUGACUUCACAGUUUUACUUACUUCUACAUACAACACGUGGAGGCCUUCACAGUGGGCAGUGACAUGACUAUCUGACCAGACUGUACAGCUCGUGUUGCAAUUACUCCCGUAACACCAAGACAUACGUGGUUUUUGAAAAGCUGCAGAUCCUUGAGCGAACAGGCUUGAGAAAGCCGUCAUCAGCUGCCAGAAAAUGUUUUGAUUUUGGCGGUAGGCAUUCAAUAUUUGUGGAACAUACUCUUUUCCAUAAGGAAAUCAGACUGGACUGGGCUCUGAACAAGGACGGGAGCUGGCUGUCAGGGUUCACAAGGUUACCAGUCCUUCUCAUGGUUUUCUAGGGGUCAUUAAUUCAAGUAAUUGUCCCUCAGAACUGAUUUCCCACUAAGCUUGGCGUGCUCAACGUGCUCAAGCAUCAGUGUUGAAAGGACAGUGUGUCAGGCCACUCUGCCACUGACGUUUGACCUCAGGGUGAAUGACAACCUGACUUUUUCCAUCUGUAGAAUGAGGUGGUUAGUGGACCAGCUCUCACGAAGUAUCCUGGUAUUUUAUCAUCUCGACCACAUGGUCGACUCUUGCCAACCUGCCCUUCAGUCUGGCCAGGGCCCCUGGCCCAGCACAGCUCUCAGCUGCCAAGACCAAUCCCGACCCAAAGCAUGAUGAAUCUGUGCCACCGCUGACCCAAGACUGGAAGGCCAGCGCCAGGUCACUCUCGCUGCUGGAAAAGCCCACGCUGUCCUCUUUCUGCUCGAUUUUGCUAUUCCUGGGCCGGCUGUGCUGAGGACUAAGUGGAACACGAGGGUAAUGCCGUCUUACUAUUUACAAUUUUCGCUGGAACUUACUGCACAAAAGAAGCAGAGCACAGGGGCUCUCCCCCACAGGGGGCCCCUGUCCUCCAGCCCC